AUGCCAAAUUUAGCAUCAAUUACCUUUAAUUUUAAACUGAUGCACAAUUUAUUUACAAAUGAUAAUGAAACAAAUGAAAUCGACAUAACAUUAGAUAGUGUCACCACUGUUCACUGUAAAGUUAGUGAUCUUAAAACUAUUAAACGAUGGUUAAUUAAUAUUAAUAUCUUUCCAAAUACCAAAAAUCUAAUAUUAUCUUUUAGUCUUUCCUCGGCCUCACUUUCAUCAAACAGAAUGAUGUUUUCGCUAGAACCCGAUGAAUGUUUUCUUGGAACAGAUUAUAUGCAUUUCGUUAAGAUCCAAUAUGUUGAAGUCAAGCUUGCAUUCGAAGAUUUAAAUUAUAUAAAUGAAUAUGCAAUAGAACUUGCUAAAGAAUUAUUGGAAAUGUUUAAAAAUCUUCAAUCUUUUAUAUUUCAUUUUCACCAUAUGCCUGAUUUUCUCCGUAUGAAUCCACUUACUGAUCUAAGCAAAAUGAUUCAAUUGUUAAAUAUGGAGAAAGUUUCCAAAAAAUAUCAAAUCAAACAUAUUCAUAACUAUUUGCAAUUUUUUAGAAAGAAUGAUGAAUAG